UUUAUGAAGUAAAAUUUAGUUUAAACUCCUAAAAAAUAAAUGAAAUUUAUAAGAUAAAAUAAUUUUUAUUAUUGUACUUCUCUACAACAUUGAAUCUAAAUUAUCGUGCUUUUAAUAAACAAAACAAAUUUUAUGAUUAAUAAUUUGAUUACCAAAAUAAAGUGAUAUAAUAGAAUUCUAUAGGAAAGGAAAACGUUUAAGGACUUUAUAUGAAUGAAAAAUUUAUUUUCAAUUAGAAAUUUUUAACUGAUUGACAAUGAUUUUGCUGAGGUUAGGUUCUCUGUGUGCAAGAAAGUCUAAUUUAUCACAAAGAUUUCUCUCUCGGACAGGUGUAUUGAAUUUUUCUUCGAAAAAUAACCAAGAUCAAAAACCUAUAAAAUUGGUCGAAGAGGAUGUUGAUCAUCCAGUUACAUAUUCAAAAACAAAAGCCUAUACAUAUUUAGCUAGAAAUUCUCGUUAUAUUGAACACAAUUGGCCUGAUUGUCAACCAUACGUAAUUGUUUUUAGUCUUACGAUUUUUAUGAUUUAUUUCUGUAUAUUAAGAGAGGAAAACGACCUUGAUGAAAUGAUUUACAUGCCUCUUGAAACUAGAUUGCAAGAAAUUGAAAAAGCAACAGGAAGACGAACAUAGUAUGUAUAGUAGAAUUUUUACUUAGAAAUUCACUGUGGAUUUUUUUUUUCAUUGAAGCUAUAACACAUGUUUCUGAAAAAAUUUUCCAAAUUUAUUGUAUAUAAUCUGUAAUUAUAUUUCUCUUACACAUAAAAAAA